AUCAGUCUGGUGUCAGCACCGCUGCCGGCUGAUCGACAAAUGAGAAGGUAAAAUCAGAGUUUUAAAAAGUAAGGAUGACAGUGUGGGACAAAAGGGUUCUCUGCAGCUUCGUGUUGAUUCUGGCCGGCGCCGUGGCUCAAAGUGUGAACUACCCUCCUCCAGUCUGCGCUGUAACCGGAUCCACCGCCGUCAUCCCCUGCACCUUCAGCCCAAGGGAAACCCUCAUCCAGGAUGGAAGAGAAGUCCCGACCGAGAUCGUCAGAGUCCGCUGGUGUCAGAACCAUCAGAUUUGUCAUGGCUCGACCCCCAACGUGUACGACAGCCGCUCACCCAACAACCGUCGUUACAAAUACCUGGGAGACCUGAAGAAGAACUGCACGCUACAGAUCAAAAACGUAAACAAGAUGGAGGACGAAGCGACUCUGCGCUUCAGGAUGGAAGUCAAUUACACUUUGGGACAUUUCACUGGAACAUCAGGAGUGAACGUCACCGUCACUGACAUGACACCACUGAAGAUAAAGAACUCUGGUGGUGACAGAAACAUAACAGAAGGUCGAACCGUCACAUUGAGCUGCACAGCACCCUGUCUCUUUCACCCACUGGCGGUCACCUGGCUCAGAGAUGGCCACGUCCUUUCAGAGUCUGGCCCUGCCCUCAAGCUCGGCCCUCUGACUGCAGAGGAUUCUGGGUACUACACCUGUGCUUUGACGACAAAGAUUGGCUUCCCAUCUCAGCCGUACCACUUCAGAGUGACAGCUAAAGAGGAAGAGGAAGGUUUGUUUGGUUCGGAUGUUGAAACAGUCAACAAACUGCUGAUUAUCCGUGUGGUUGUCUUCGCUCUGCACUCGCUGCUCAUCAUCACAGUCGCUUCUAUCGUCAUCAAAAGGAUGUUUUUCCAGAAAGCAGCAGAGGUCGAAUGAAACUUCAUCUAGCAGCUGUGACGACCAGAGGACCUGACCAGGACCUGACCAGGACCAGACCAGUACGUCCAACAAGAUGACCCGACCAGGACUCGACCAAAACGUCUGACAAGAGGACCUCAACACAGGACCUCCCAACAAGAUGACCCGACCAGGACCAGACCAGAACGCCUGACAAGAGCACAUGACCACAGAACGAGACCAGAUCAGAACGCCCAACAAGAUGACAGGACCAGAACUCGACCAAAACGUCUGACAAGAGGACCAGACCACAAGACCCGACAAGAUGACCCAACUAGGACUCGAUCAGAGGACCUGACCACAGGACCUCAACACAGGACCUCCCAGCAAGAAGACCUGACCAAAGGACCAGACCACAAGACCCGACCAGAAUGCCCCACAACAGGACCCAACCAGUGAUCACCUGAAACAUUUGACUGAAUAUUGUGAUUGAUGUUUGUUUGUGUCCAGCAGGAAUCAGACUGUACAUAAUGUAAUAUAUUGUGUUGUUUACUGUUGACCUCUUUAACAGGUUUCAAUUUAAUAUUUUAUUUAUCAGAUUAAUGGAUCAGCUAUUACUUCACAGGGGGAUCCAAAUAUUUCACUUUAUAAUUUAAGCUAAAGCUAUCUUUUAUCCUUUGACACAAUUUUCCAUUUGUUGUGUGAUUCAUUAUAAUAUGGAAAAAAAACAAAUACUUGUGUUUCUAUUAAAAAUUAAAUAAGA